AUGAGUCUUAGGUUCCCGGACUUUCUCGGCUCGCUGGGCAUCCAGCCGCCCAACGGUUCUGGCGACACAGCCCAACCUUCGAAACAGCAAAUCCACCACCAGCAUCACAAGGACUCAGAUUCUGAGCAAUACGCUCCCGACACCGCUCCCCAGCAGCCCCACCAGGAUCCCGGUCUUGACUCGAAUCUUGACUUUGAUCUGCUUCUCAAGUCGAAACUAUCCGCGUUGGGCAACAGAUCUGACAACCUAGACGACCUGAACCUGGCCUCCUACUCCAACUCGUUUUCUCCCUUGACUGGCGCCCACAAUGGCUUUGCGCUUGACGGCAGCCCUAAUAUCCCUGGCCUAGCCGACUUUGGGCCUUUCCACAGCCAGAAAAACACCUUCCACUUGCCCUUGGAGUUGCAAGGUGGUAUCGGCAACAUCUCCUCCAGGAGACCCAGUUACGCUGCAGAGCUGUUCACCCGCUCCCAGCAGCCGUCGCUGUCGCUGCCCUCGCAGCAAUUCUCCGGGCCUGCCUCCUCCGCCUUCCACCCUUCCACGGCGACUUCCAACAAGAACUCUUUGGCGUCUUUCGCAGCGGCCAACAACUUCUCCAUGAACACCUCCCAGCAGCAGCAACAACAACAACUGCAACAACAACUGCAGCACCGUGGCCUGACCCUGGGUGCUCUGUUCCAGUCCAACUUGGGCCAGGAUGCACUUGCCGAUUCGCUUCUGAACUUCUCGCUCAAUACGAACUUGUCCGACUUUCAGGCAAGAAGGCCCUCUCAAUUGGCCGACUACCAGGCUGUCCCUCAGCAGCAGUUCUAUCCUUCUUUCCACCCACUGCAGCUGCCGUUUUUCGCAUCCGGACCGGCCUCGGUAUCGUCAUUCCACUCUGGUUCCUAUCAGCAGGCUGGUUCUGCUGGCAUGAACAUGGGUGGUGCUCCUCCAGCACAGAACCAGGGCUCGCCAUUCACGGGCCCCAGCUCUCUGGUGAGCGGCUCGAACGUCGACAUGGCUGCCUACGCCCAGGCGCUUCCUGGCCAGACUGUUAAAUUAGACAAUGGGCUCUUGUUGAAGGACCAGUACAUCAUGGCCUCCCCCGAGCUCAAGCAACAGUUCCUUUCGGCGAUCAAGUACUUCCAAGACGUUGAUUUGAGCGACAAGAUAUUGAAUAAGUUGCAAGAGCUUCUAGGCAACCCGGUGAUCAGAAAGUUGAUCACUUUUGUCAAGAACUUGAACAACCUCACAUUCAAUCACAAAAUGUUGUGUCUUGUGGUGAACAAAAACGGCAAGCUUGAUUUGUUGUCGUACCCUAGCAGCUCGAACAUCUUUCUUGAAAGAGAUAACCUUGUGAUUGUCGAUGGUGACAGAGGCAAAGACUUGGUGAUGAUUUUGGAGCCUUUAGUGAAUUUGGAGUUUGCAAUCCUUUUCAACUUCCUCAAGAAAAUUGAGCAUUUGAAGUCCUUGACCAUCAAUGACGCCAAUGGCGGUACAUCAGUGAAAGGCAAUCACAGUGGUGGUACACAUUCCACAUCUAUGGACGCAUCCACAAUCAUUAACAAACAUUCGAACGAGGACAAUGAGUUUAUUAUUACACUACCCACAAAACAAGUGUUGCGCUUUGCCACGCCGAAGGAGAUACAAAAAUUGAGCGGCAAGUUCUUGGAAGAGAAAAAGGCAUUCAUCACUUGUUUCAACAAAAUCAAGGAGUUAGGACUCAAUAAUGAUUUGACGCUUAUCAACGUCGAAUAUCAAUGUGAUUUCAAGAAGUUGAUCUUCUAUUACUAUGCUGGUUUCAAACGGAUUGAUUUCCGGGGUUUAAUUAAGGAAUUGUUCAAGAUAUACAAGACACGGAUCUGGUUAUGUGCUGUCUUACCAUACGAUAGAAGAGAGCUCUACACCAACUUGGCAAAGGAGACUACUGGCGGCGAAUUGUCUACCCUCGGCAGCAUUCCAAAAGAGUACGAGUUGUCCAACGAGCAAAUCUUGAACUUCUCGGUCAAGGAAUUCAACAAAUUGCCAAAGCCCACGUACUUCCAUCUGCGCAACAUGUACAGUCUAGUGCUCAACCUUGAGAGUGACCUUAAUGGCAAGUUUUACGGUUUCACCCAGAUGAGCGACGCUGGUGUUGCAGAGCAUAAUGCAGGUGCGGGUGCACGGUCCGGCACUACGAGAACCGACGAUACCGCCAACUCCAGUCCCGGUGGAAAAAACAGUAAGCUGUUCCGCAAGAAUUCCUACCAGAUCCCCCCGAAUUUCGAUCCCUUUGGUGGACACAAAAAUGUAUAA